AGUCCUCUCCUAUAAAAUGUAAAACGGCCUUUGUUUCCCCUCACUUCACAACGGAAGAAGCUAUAGAACUCUGUCCCCCCCAACCAACCAGGAAGAGCUGCACAAUUCUGAUUAUUAUUAUUAUUAUUACUAUUGUUAUAUCCCAAGACGAUCCCACCUCAGAUUCAAUCGAAUAUGCCGAGGAAAGGAAUGAGGAGUCUCUGCUUUCACUCUAAAACCUCGUCCUUUGCACUCGCUUCUUCUAGAGCAUCCGUCUCCGGUCCGCCCCGGACCUCCUCAGAAUCGGAAUUGGUGAUGGCGAGAGCCAUCGAAGCGGCCGAGCAGCUUAUCAUGAAAUGGAAUCCCGACACGUCCACCUACGCUCGAGUCACCUCCCUCUUUUACGAGGACAAGCAGGAAGCCGGCCAGUUCGUGAAGUGCGUGAACGACCUGCAGCAGGCUAUGCACGCGCUGGCGUCCGACAACUCGACCUCAGACAUGCUGGUUCGUGCGCAGGGGCUGAUGGAGGUCGCGAUGAAGCGGCUCCAGAAGGAGCUGUACCAGAUAUUGUCACUGAACCGGGCUCACCUCGACCCCGAGUCCGUCUCCACUCGAUCCUCACGGACCUCCACCUCCACCACCACGAGGUCCAGCACGUCUGAUGAUUAUGAUGAUGAGGGGGAGGACGACAGCGAUGCUCGCGUAGCCAAGGGCUCCAUCUCCGAGGUUGAGGAGGCGUCGUUGAUCGCAAUGGCUGAUCUGAGGUCCAUCGCGGACUGCAUGAUCUCCUCAGGGUACGCGAAGGAGUGCAUCGGGAUUUACAAGGUGAUUCGGAAGUCGAUCAUCGACGAAGGGAUCUAUCGGCUCGGUGUGGAGAAGGUCACCGCGUCGCAGGUCCAGAAGAUGCCGUGGGAAGCUGUGGAAGCGAAGAUCAAGAGCUGGUUAGAGGCAGUGAAAGUGUUGGUGGGGAUACUGUUCUAUGGGGAGCGAAUCCUCUGCGACCACGUCUUCGCGGCAUCCGACUCCAUCCGCCAGUCAUGCUUCGGGGAGAUUACGAAGGAAGGAGCGGCCCUCCUGUUCGGCUUCCCUGAGGCAGUCGCCCGUAGCAGCAAGAAGUCGCCGGAGAAGAUGUUCCGCCUCCUCGACAUGUACAUGGCUAUCUCGGAGAAUUGGCAUGACAUUGAGACGGUCUUCGCGUUCGACUCAACUUCCACUGUCCUAUCUCUCGCAGUGAACUCGCUGGUCCGACUUGGCGAGUCCGUGCGCUCGUCACUGGCCGAUUUCGAGUCGACUAUCCUCAAGGACUCAUCUAAAUCAGCGGUUCCAGGCGGCGGCGUUCACUCUCUCACUGUUGAUACCAUGAACUACCUCUGCCUCCUCUCGGACUACAGCAACAUACUUGGCGAUAUCUUCGUUGAUGAGCAGCCGAACUCUCCAUCGAGGUCACCACUGCCAGAGUCUUAUUUCGACAGCCCGGACAGGGACGACACUCAUGCCCCGGCGAUCUCCAUCCGCCUCGCGUGGCUGGUCCUCGUCCUCCUCUGCAAGCUCGAUGCCAGGGCCAAGCAUUACAAGGACGUAUCCGUUUCAUACCUCUUCCUGGCAAACAAUCUCCAGCACGUCGUGUCGAGGGUCCGCACUUCAAAUCUGAAGUACUUGCUCGGGGAUGAUUGGAUCGUGAAGCAUGAAGACAAGGUAAGGCAGUUCGCAGGCAAUUACGAGCGGAUCGGGUGGGGAAAGGUGUUCGACUCGCUGCUCACAAACACAAAUUCAAUGGCAAGUUCACUGGUGGAAGCCCUUAUGAGAUUCAAUUCCAGCUUCGAGGAUGCGUACCAGAGGCAGAGUUCGACUGUAGUCCCUGAUCAGGUCCUUCGGGACAUGAUCAAGGCAUCGAUCGAGCAGAAGAUCGUGCCAGCGUACAGAGAGUUCUACGACUCUCACAAGGCCACAUUCGAGAGGGAGAGGGCGUCACGGUCGAUCUUCAAAUAUGCUCCCGAAGACAUCAAGAAUCGGCUAUCGGGAUUGUUUGUCAUGUCCAACUGUCGGACCAGUUUGUCAUCGUCCUUCUCUAGUCGGCUUCAUUUACGAUCACGCUGAGCUCUGUCUUUCCUAUUGUAGUUUUUGUCUCUCGGAUGUAACUAAUUGAGGAGCGUACAUAUUACAGUUGUUCGAGUAUGAUACACAGCAUAGAGAUGCACUGCAGAAACAUGAUCAGCUUCUGCAUAAACGCUGCGGACAUACAUAAUGCACGUGCGUAAUAAAUCAUCUAUUGAAUUUAUAAUUAUUCA